GCGGAUUUUUGACAACUUCCUAAACAAGUUUCCUAAACUUUGCUUGUUUUUCGUUAUUUUCUUUCAAAUAACAGGCUGAGACCUGAGAAAUCACUAGACAGCUGGACUGUUUGAGCACAAGAUGGGGAUACCAGAUUUCAGCAGAGUGUUCGAUGUUCUGGAUCCAUCAUGCCGUGGAUACCUUACCGCAGAUAACAUCCAAAGUUUCCACGAGACGCUUCACUUCACGCCGAUCACCAAAGAUCAGGUUAACAGCGCCAUCUCGCAGAUCUGUGGGAAGUCAUCAGAGGGUCGCGUCCAUAAGGAGUUCUUUAUCAAAGUGCUCCAGGAUUUAGACCGCAGGAAAAACCUUGAGCAAAAAGUGAGAUGGGACUUCGUGGCGUUGGAUAAGAACGGAAAUCACCGUCUUCCAUUGCAGGAUGCCCUGCUUCUUUUCCGUGAGACACAUGGGGAAAGGUUUUCUCUGCAUACGUGGCAAACUUUCCUCAGAUCCAGAGUCGAGCCAGAUGCUGACGUCUGCUUUGACGAGGUCAAGAUCUGGUUGUGUAAUCUGCCGUCGGGUGAUGUCUGCAGCGCUAAUGAACUCGAGAUUGAAGAGGAGAGGCUAGAGAAGGGAAGGCAGGAUAAAGAGUUUGGUAUCUAUCAGGAUUUCAAAAAACUUCAGGACGAUACUGAUGAUCACAUCAAAACAGCAAAGGAGUGUCAAGAUUACGAAGACAGGACAAAGAGAGAGGCUCAACAGAAACUUCAGAGGUGGCAGCUUGGUGGUGUUGAAGCCCUGAUCAACGAUGAUGGUCGCGAACUCGAUGACUCCUUGGAACCAAAACAGCUCCACGAUUCUGUGUCAGUGAACGAGCUGCUCGAUGCCCUCGAACACAAAUAUGACUUGCUGAGACACAAGUUAUUCCAAGAAAUGAUUCAAAAACACAUUGGUAUGACUAUUGAAGUUGAAAUAGAUCAUGAUUAUAUUGCAAUCAGCCUGGUGUCGAGGUUUCAUAUUGUGAUCACCCUGGUGACGAAGUUUACUCUUAAGAUUGUAAAUUUAUGCAAUUUCAUUAAUCUAAUCCUAACUUCUAUGGGUACUUUUUUUCCAGCAAAAAGAAGACCUUCAUAUAUUGCGUUGGGUGAAACACUGUGGCAGUCUCUGAAUGGACGUGACCAGCUUGAUCGCUUCCAACAAGUCAUCAUGCAAGAAAAGAAGAUGAGAAAGGACCACGUCCUGACAGACGAGGCCACUGACCUGUUUGGCGCGGAGGUGAUGUAUGACGCAUCGCUCUGGAAGCUGAUGGGAGAGAUUGUGGAGGUGCAUGAGCGGAGGUUAGAUGAGGCAAAGCAGACGGCGGUACUUUUGAAGGCGGAGGGGAAGUCGGAGGAGGAGAUUGACGAUGUAUUGAAGCAGCAGUAUCUGGCUUUGAUGAAAGGCAAACGCUCUGCUGAAGAGCUCAUCAUCGAAAUACACAAUCGUCACCAAGAGGAGAAGGACAUGUUGUCCUCGCAGCUGAAGAUGCACAAAGUGUCGGGCAUCGACAUGAUGGCCAAGUUCUGCCAUCUGAAGCGAGAACAUGCGCUCGCGGCCGAGGAAUACCAGUUCAGUGUGUCGGCUCUUGCAGUCGGCUUGGUGGAAAGACAUCAGCAGUUGAACUCGAAGAGGUUCGACUACGAUCGAGACCGUCAGCUAAAGAUAGCGGAGACAAGACUGAAUGAGCGUAAGGGACACAAAAUGAAGUUCAAAAACGACUCGCAUGAUGGCGCUAUCAAGAAGCACCAGGGCGUUGUUGAUUUGCAGGUUGCCGUCACGCUAGAGAUCACCAAGAAACAUGCGUUUGAAAGAGAGGUCAUGGUACAGUUCCUCCAAGGACGCGACAGUCAGAAUGCAAAGGCUGCUGGGAGGAGAAUGAGCGCCAACGACCGCGAGCAUCAGGUCAAGAUUCUGCGUAAUCAGCAUACAGCUUGGAGAGAGAGUGAUCCCAACUAUCGGAAGAAAAAUCAGAGUUCGCAUCGUAGGGUCAUACAGGAAGGCGUUUGCAUGUACUACGAGGAGAUGCGUCUUGAGAUGGUCACGAGGGGCCUGGGGACGAGUGAUGACGCUGUGAAUGCGGCCGUCCUCGCAGACCUGCAGCAGAAGCAGGAGCAGGAGUUCGAACACACGGUCUAUGAGAUGUCAAACAUGAUCCCGAAGGAACUGCAUCACUUGAGAGCUGAAGAGGCUCGAGCAACCACUGAAGAGUUUGUCGAUAAUAUCGCCUCUCUCGUCCUCGGCUCGUUUGAAUGUUCGGAAGAGGAGAAGAUGUACAUGGUGGCCUUGGACAACAAGUACGACGCGCUGAGAGAGAAGUUGUACGUCCAUGCUCUGAGGAAGGAGAAGGGGCUCGAGGUCUGGGAGAGUUAUUCCAUUGAAGAGAAAAUGCGUCUGAUUGUGAAGAAGAAGAUGGAGGACAGACGUCUGCACCAGGAGGGAAAAUAUGAGGAUAUGGGGCGGCUAAUGGGGUCGUCUGCUAAGACACUUCCUACGGUUUACUCCCUGAUCGGCGAGAAUCGUCAUGAGUGUGAGAGGCGGAAAGCAGUGCUGGUCGAUCAGGAACAGAAGAUGGCAAUGAUUGGUCAGACAAUGAACUGGAAAACACAAGAUGAGGUUCCAGAUGAUGAGAUGCGGUCCCUCAACCACCUCGGUGAUCUCCAGAUCCGCUACGACAUGGAGCAAGACUACAUCAUCCGCUGGCUGCGUUCACCGGAGGCCAUGCACUUGAGCGUGCCAGAACAGGAAGUCAUCCUCAUCCGUCUGCAGCUGGAAUGGCGCCAGGCAGAACACGAGGAAGACUUCGAACAGGCGGCACUCUCUGUCGGACUGUUGGAGAGAAUCCUCGACAUAAACGAUAAACGGUCCAAGACUGAUGAACGCCGACAGUACCAGCUGGCCAAACUCCGUGAUGACCACGUUCGUAGUCGAGAGAAUGCUGGGAAACCAUAUGAGAAACAGUAUGACGAUCCCUCAUUUCCACCACAGGAGGACUACCUCGCGUGGAUGGAGCUGGUCAUCAUCGAGGCCCAGAAGAAGCAUAUGGAUGAACGCGAACUGAUGCUGGGCAUCCUACACGACGCUAGCCUCAUGGAGGUCGUAGAGGUUGCAAAGGUCAUGCCGGUUGAGGAGAGGCAGAAACGCCUGGUUGAGUUACAAGUUAAGAAGCGGAAUUUGAAUCUGACGAAACUCAGUCAUCAGGAUGAAAAUAUCACGAUUCUUGAAGAGGCAGCCGCGAUCCGUUUGAUCAGUAAACAAGAAGUGAUGAAGGCGCGGAUGGGCCGGCAGAUCUCCCUGGAGGAGAUCACCGUCUACCUGCUGACCGAUCUCCAGGAUGAGCAGGACAAACAGAUGGCGCUGCUCCUCCAGAAAAUUGGAAAAAUGAGUCCGGAAGAGCUGAUGGAGUCACGGUCGGAAGAAGCCCAGCUGAGGAAGACAGAGGCGUCAGAGUGUGCCAUGAUGGUCUUGUCUCAUUAUGAGGGAGUCGCACAAGACGAUGAGCUCAUCAAGGCCCUGGAUGACAAGUACGAUGCGAUGCGCGACAAGCUGCUGAUGGAACUGCUGAUGAAGCAGAUGGGAGAGGCUGACUGGAACCGCCUGAGUGAGAAAGAGAAGCAGCGCAGACUUAUGAUGCUGAAACUGGAGCAGAAGAGGCUGGCUAGAGAAGGAAAGUGGGAUGAGUUGUCACGUCUGCUCGGAGACAACCAAGCGAUGGACGAAAAUCUGCGUAAAUUGAUGGGCGACAGCCGCGCAGACUACGAGAGGAAACUACGCGAAAAACUUGCCAGGAGGAAGAAAAGGAUCGCAGAAGGUCUGGAUCCAGAUUCUGAUGACGAGGGGAUCGAUGAAGAGGAUGAAGAGAGUCAGAGUUCAUUGGUUGAUCUUGAGAAGAGAUAUGAGGAGGAGAGAAAUGCACUGAUGGCCAAGCUCAAAGGUUUUGAUAAUCAUGUUCUCGGCGAGCGUGAGAGACAACGCGAACUGAUGAGGCUCAAGUUGGAGCGCAGGAAGGCCUCCCAGGAGGACAAUUUCAAUGCGGCAGCCAUGUUGAUCGGCUUGUCGGAGCGACAGGAGGCAGAAAAUAACGCCCGUCUCAAAAACGAUCGCCAGCGACAGGAAAUGCUGGCCAAACAGAGGCUGGAGAUGUUGCGCAAUAAGAGGUCGCAGAAGGUCAAGGACGAUGAUAGGAAUAUUAUCAUAACCAACGGCGACAGGGAUGCCUUCCAGGAUGGCGCCCUCGCCCUGGUUGAGAAGAAGCAACUGAAAGAGCGUGAGCAGUUCUCUCUCUUCCUCGACGACAUCAAACAUGGCGAGGUCGAGAACUGGGCGAUGGUCAGUUCGCCGAUGGAGAGACAAGACAGACUCAUGGAGCUGAAGGAGCAGCGUGUACACAUGCCCAUCGACAAAACCAAAGACCAACACGACCUGCUGAUGCAGGGCACGGCAGUGAAGAGAGCAGGCCGUAAGAUCACGUUGUCACGACCAGGAGAGGAUGCCAGCAUUGAGGCAGUCCUCAUCUCGCUGAUGGCCGACCUCCAGGAGAAACAGGAAGAGGACAUGGAGAACGUCAUGAACAAAAUAUUAGACAUGAGCACUGACGAGAUGAUCGAACUCCAGAAAACGAUCGUCCAAGACAUGAAGAUUGCUCGCAUUGAGAAUGUUGCUGUGGCACUCUUCAGUCCCGAGGAGGGGAAAAAAGCUGGAGAGAAGGAAUUGAUGUCGGCGCUAGAAGGAAAGUAUGACGCAUUGAGGGAUAAACUGCUGAUGGAAGCUCUGAUUCAACAGCUCGGCGAAUCAAAUUGGAAGAGGCUGUCAGAGAAGGAGAGACAGCAAAAGCUGUUGGAAUUUAAACUGAAAGAGCGUCAGUUACGGAAGGAGGGCCGAAUGGAUGAGGUGGCGGCCAUGAUGGGUGAUUACCUCAAGGAUAAGGAAGCAUUAGAACGGUUGCUAGGCGACAGCAAGGCGGAGCAGGAACGCAAGAUGAAAGAAAGGCUCGAGAAGAGAAAGUUCAGGAAAGAACAAGGUCUGUCCGAUGCUGACUGUGAUCGACUGGAGCAGCAGGAUAUCGCAACUGAGGAAGCCGAGUCCAAGCAGAAACGACGGAAUAUCUUACUCGACCUGGAGACCAGGUUGGACGACGAAAAAGCCGCCCUCUUGCGCAGCCUACAAGGUUUUGACGAUAGCCUUGCCGAUGAGAAGUCGCGCCAAGCGUAUCUCACCAAGCUCCGUCUCGAGCAGAGGAAGGCUUUACAGGAAGACAAGUUUGAUGCUGCAGCUUUAGUUCUCAGCCUGGGAGAGCAAGAAAAAGAUAUGUUAGACAGCCGUCGCAGACAAGAGCAGCUGGCUCGCGACCGCCUCGCCAAGAAGCUCCAAGAGAUGAAGGACAGGAAGGGGAAACUUGCUGCGAUCACGGAGGUCGCGCUGCCCGAAGAUGAGAACGACCUGGUCGCCAUGCAGGAGGCGGUCAUCGCCGAGAUGGAACGCAAGCAUAACGAGGAACGAGAUGUUCUUGUUCAGUUGAUGCACGAAGGUCACAAUAAGAAGAUGUUUGCUGACUUGUGUCACGCCUCGGAACAGAUUCGCCAGGAGAAGAUAGUGGAGUUGGCGGCAUUCCGUCAGCAAUGGCGGGAGGACGGGGCCAUACAGCCCAAGGAACAGAUGGAAAUACUACAGGAGGCUAUCAUGUACCAGCUCGCGAGUCGUUUAUCGCAGCUGAAAGCUAAAGGUGACGCUGUUGAUGAUGAUGCGCUCUUCGUCGCACUGCUGGCUGAUCUUCAGGAGAAACAGGAGGUCGAAUCCAAGAUGAUGAUGAAGGAUUUCUUACAAAAGACACCACAAACCUUGAAGCAGUUGAAGAACGUCCAGAAUCUGGCGAGGAAGAAUGCGUGGUACGAAAAUGUCGCUGUAGUCGUUCUCCAAUCAGAAGCCGGCAGCCAAGCAGGCCAGGAUGAAAAUGCGCAGGUCAUUGACGCGGUCGAGAAGAAGUAUGAUGCUUUGAGGGACAAGAUUCUUAUGGAGGCGCUGAUGAAACAAGCUGGUGACGUCGAAUGGAACCAGCUGUCUGAGAAAGAGCGCCAGGCGCGUCUGAUCAAGUUGAAGAUGGAGGAGAAGAGACUUCGUCAGGAGGGACGUAUGGAUGAGGCAUCAGAACUCAUUGCUGGCAUGCUCGAGAAUGAAAAUGAGCUGAAUAAACUGCUCGGCGACACCAAGGAACAGCAGAGGAAGAAACUGGAGGAGCGUCUCGCACGCCGGAAACAACUCGUUGCCGAGAGAGAGGCGGAAGGUUUGUCAACGGACGAGACGAUUCUGGACGCCAUUCAAGACCAGGAGGAGAAAGUGGAAGAAAAGACGAAAAAGCGGAAUAUUCUUGAGCAGCUGGAGUACCACUUGGAAGACGAGAAGGCCGCACUCCUCGCCGGGCUGAAUCGGCAGGGAAGUGCCAUCGAGAUGGAGCGCCAGCGUCAGAAGGAGAUCGCGCGCCUGAAGCAGGAGGAACGCAGGAUGAAGCAGGAGGAUAAAUACAUGAGCGCCGUGAUGCUGAUCCAGGUCCAUGAGGAGCAGGAGAAGAAGCUGGAAGCGACUUUGGUAGCAGACCGCGAGAGGCAGCGGGCCCUGGCUAAAGAGAGACUGGCCGCACGUAAACAGAAGAAGGUUCAGGGGGAACAGGACCAGAAACUUAUUGAGGAGAAACUGCGGCUACAGCAGGUUGAGAAUGAGUUCUUGGAUAUGCUGCUGGCUGCUGAUGCACAAACUGAGGGUGUCGCUGCACUUCAACAGGCGUUAUUGGAGGAAGUCGACAAGAAACAUAAACAAGAGCGCGACACGAUGGUGGAGAUUAUGAACGCAGCGGAAGCAGACGUCAACAAUGUGGAACAAGUAAAAAGUAAACAACCUGGAGAGCUUAAAAUGACCCUGGAGAAACUGAGACAGGAGCGGGUUAAAUGGAAGUCGAAGUCGAAGCAGAAUGCGUCGAAGUCGAAGGAGGAGAAGAUGUCAGACAAGGCGGCCGCAGCUCAGAGGAAGAAUCUGGCCAAGAGCCGCGUGGAGCAGUUCAAGUUGUUGACCAAGGCGAUGGUCUACAGGAUCGAAGCUGAGAGGCAGAAUGUACAACUGAGGACCCCAAAGGCAGACACAGCUGCUCUUAACGAGGAGAUCUCUGUUGCCAUGAUGACCGACCUCCAAUCAAAACAGGACACGGAAAAUAAGGUCCUCACCAAGAUCAUGGUGGAACAGGAUGCUGAUACACUGACAACAAUGAGAGACCAACAGCGCCAGGGGACCAAUGAAGGUUGGAUGGACAAUGUCGUCAACGCCAUCUUCAGGAUGUUAGAGGAUGGGGAUGAGGUUGCGCUACCUGAUGUUGAGGCUGAGCGCAAGGUGCUCGAGGAUGAGUUGAAGAGGGAGAGAGAUGAGGCGGUCGAGAAACGUCGUAAAGCGGCACGUCCUGGUGAGAAAAUCGACCCGGCAGCGGUGAUGCAAGAAUUAGAGGCCCAGCAGGCCCUCCGACGCCAAGCUUUGGAGGAAUCAUUCGAAAAGCAACGCAGUCUCGCCAAGGCAAAAUUGGAAGCGCGUCGCCAUGCUCGAGAUGAGAAAGAAUAUGAAGAAAUGGCGGCUGCCGAGUUUCUCAAGAUGGGCGAGAGGACGGAGACGUUGAUUCGUGAGAAGACGUUUGAGGAGAGGAGUAAACACCAGAACGUGAUGCAGCAACGCCUAAAAGAGCGUAAGAGGAAUCGUCGCAGGGCGGCAGACUCGGAGAGACAGCGACAGGCAGAAGAGGAAGAGGUGGACGCCAUGGAUAUUGAUGUCACGCCACGCGAUGCUCCACCGAUGAUGGCAAUGAGACGCGAGAAGACAAUCAUCGACGUAAAUGUGACGGAGGAAGAGAGUAAGGCAAUCUACGAGAAGAUGUUACGCGAGCAGACGAUAUUUGACAAGAAGAAAUUGCAGGAUAAAACUCGCCAAGAGGAGAUUAUUCAGAGGAAGUUACAGGAGAAGAAAGACAAGCGUCAGUCGGAGGCUGCGACCAUCUUCAGUAAGGGUGAGAAGGACAAGCUCUACCUCGAGAAGACGCAGGCGUCUGAACGUGAGAGACAGAUGACGAUGAUUAAAGAACGCGUCGCUAGAGUGCGCUUCGAACGCACGAUGACCAUGAGACAGAAAUCGAACCAGACGUCAGCGCAGUUCGAAACUCUGUUACAGGAUUCGUCUAGUUUGUCUGAAGAUGAGAAGAUGGCGCUAGCAGCAAAGCGUAUGCAGGAUAAGUUUAAGACGGAUGAGGGCGAAAUGAAGGCAGGAAGGAUGAAGCUGAUGCCAGAUUUAGAUGAGGAGCUGGUGCGGGAAGAAGACGAAUCAUCUGGAUCGUCACGGAGACAGAGUCAGCCACAGGACCGUAUCCUAGGCGACAAGGAGAAACUCUCCAUCCUGAAGCAACGCAGGCUGGAGAAAAAAAAGAAGCGUUAAACAAACGAAAACAAACUUUGUAGUCUGUAUUGAGCAAUUUGAUUGGCUGGUACCAAUAACUGCUUUAUUUUGAUUAGUAGUUGUAUGAUAGGUCAACUCUUGCUAGUCAUAAAUCCCUAUGACUUAUGUGUGAUUCUUAGUCAUAUCAUUAACCCGAGUACCAUAAAUGAAUGUGUACUAUUCUAAUGAUUUAUUAUUAUCCACCGGCUAACCUUAGUAAUUGGAGCCAAUUCUGUUACAUUAUGUACCAAUUUACACAACAUCUCAUAUUUUUGUAAUUACAUGUAUUUGUGUAAGUGCUUGUGAAAAAAUUAUGCUGUAUAACUGCUAACAAUUUUGGCUGGACCAAAAUUACCCAGCUUUUUUUCCUGACAUUAUGUAUCUUUACGAUACUGUGUUUAUCAUGUGAUUCUAAUCAUGUUUGCGUCCUGUAUAGAUUCUUAUAGAGGUUUAGAUUUUGAUCCGAGACUGAGAACACGGUGGCAUUUUAAUAAUGUAAAGUAGAACCUCCCUUAGCAGACACCUCUCUAAUAAGGACACCCUCUCUAUUAAGGACAGUACUUUUCAGUCCCAAGGGUGUCCUUAAUAGAGAGGUUCUACUGUAUAUCGCAUUGCCUUUUGUCAGAAAUGCAAUGAGACAGCAUAUCUCUAUUGUUUGAUAUACCUAGAAACAAUCAUAAUACAAGACAAUAAACUUGACUUGAUUACGUCAACCAGAGAAAUUAAGUGCCUUGUUCUCAUUCCUGGAACAAAAUCUGAGCUUCUCUUCUAUCUAUAACUAGUCACUGAUCUUUUCAGAUAAGUUUUUGUAAGAAUUUUUUUCGAGAUUUAGAAGUGUUUUUUCCUACUCUCUUCAAGCCGAGGCCCAUUUCAAAAAAAAAUGUGAAAGGAUUUGUCCAACCAGUUGUGUACAUGUAUUGUAAUGCAUGUAUUGUAAUGCAUGUAUUGUAAUGCAUGUAUUGUAAUGCAUGUAUUGUAUUGCAUGUAUUGUAAUGCAUGUAUUGUAAUGCAUGUAUUGAAGUACAUUGUAUUGUAAUAUUGUAUAAAUGGGUUAAGUUGACCACCUGGUAGGAACUCAAGUCCAGCUUCUGAGAGGUUGGAACAGACCCGGGGAAAAACGGUUCCUUUCCGGUGGCCGAAUUUACUCCACGUUACGCUAGCAGGGACUGAUUUUCCCCCUCCUCAGCACCCAUACACCCCCCAUUUUGGCAAAAGUUUUAUUUCUUUCCAUGCAGAAUUCCACACCCCAUUAAGUCGAGAAGUUUUUCACCUCAUGUCCCCCACUUUCCAACAACCUGGACUUGUGCCUGCAAAAGGGCCUUGAAGGGCUGUGUUUUAAUCAUAACGAUGCUAUUUAAUCAAAAGUUAAUCAAAGAUAUCUAUUUUGUGAUAUAUUAGUUCUGUUACAGUUCACCAUAAUGACAAUCAUAACUUCCGUCCUCCUUUAUUCUGCAGUAUAUUUUGUGAUUUGAUAGUCCGUAAUAUCUGUGCAAUUUGGUCUUCCUAUGUCCCUGUGAUAUAAUGAAUAUUAUGAG